GUCAAGCGGACAUACUGAGGUUUAAGACGACAAACCGCGUAAAACCUGUAAUUUCCGCCGCUCGUUUGGACCAGAAACAGUACCUCGUGUAUCCCUAAACAUCGCUUUGGAACUGGUUUGGUUGAUGUUUGAAGAAACGUUUUCUCUUUGGUGGGAAUGUAAACUCCGUAAUCGAAAUAGAUUGGUUGAACACACAAACAAACGAACGCCUCAAAGCUGAACGAACAACGCAAGAAAAUUAGGAAGAGAUCUGUAGGAGUAGUUCAAAUUUCCAGUGAAGCAAUUUGCGUCAUCUAGGAGUUGGCAUGAAAUCAAGAUGUAGUGAACAAGAAUGAGCGUGGCGGCGCUUGGCGAAACUUGAUAUUUCAAAAUAUUCAGGAAAAAUAACACUCACUAAGAUUACUUUGAAUAGAAAGAAAGCGUUAGGAGUUGAAAACCUUUAUGUGGGCUUUUCACAAAGAGCAGAAACUUGUUGGCAACGGGAAGACGACUUUCUUGUUGUUGGUUAAGUUCUUUGUGUCGUGUUAGUGUUUGGUACCAGCAGACGGAAGCCACGAUGAUUUCAAUUAAUUCUGGGAUCGCUUUUGAAAACAUCGACGCAUCUCUGGUUGACUUUUACAUCGUAUUUUUACUAGUAAUUGUGUUUUUGUCUUUGAUAAGCAAUAUCACAAUUCUGACCGCUCUAUAUACUCAGAACACGAACCUUCGAAGUAACAUGGAUGUCUUUAUUGCAAACAUAGCAGUUUCCGACAUCAUAUCAACGUUUUCUGCCACAUUUACCCUGAACAAUGCUAAACUAGAAUGGAGUAAUGGAAUUGGAACCUGUAAACUUUGCUAUUUCCUUGUUCAUGCGUCGUAUGCAGUUAUGAUGUUCACACUUUGCUUGGCAAGCAUAGAUCGCCUUUAUGGAAUUUGUCUUCCGAUAAGACACAGGCAGGCUUUUCUUCUCAAGAAACCUGCCUUUGCCAUCACAUUAAUAUGGAUUUUAUCGUGUCUAUUGUUUGCACCAUAUAUUUACGCUUACGAUGUUAAAGAAUUCAAGUUUCCCAACGGAGAAACAAAGCAAAUAUGUUCGCAAACCUGGAAUUCUGACAGCGAACAAACAUUCUAUUCAGUGGUAGUGUUACUACUGCUAUUUCUAGCACCAAUAGUUUUAUUUAUCUUCGUUUUUGUCAAAGUUCUCCAUAAAUUACAAGAACCAAGGAGCACUACUUCGGGAGGUAAUGCAAUUCUUCACAAAAAGCGUCGAAAAAUGACGUGUAUGCUUUUAUUAAUAAGAGCUUUGCAGUAUCUUUGCUGUGGUCCUCUCAUUUUGGCUAACACCAUACAUUUGUUCGGUCAAACUUCAGGUGAUUAUUUCAACAUUUGGCUAAUACUUGAGCUUGUUCGUUUUCUGCGUUGUGUUACUUAUCUUCUAAUUUACCUCACAAUGUAUCAGAAAAUCCGUACAAGUCUAAAAGCUUUGUUUUCGUCGUGCAGCUCGGCAGGAUCACAGGCAACUAUGACGAGUACUUCACCCGCACCAGCCAGGAGCCUUUCGCAGCCGCCUUCGGUCCCAGCGUCCUCUGCGGCCUCUGAUCGGUCAUUGUCGUACCUUCCAGAGGACGAGAUGUACACGAGUAUGUAAAGAAGUGCGAAAGCCUAUGUUUGAGUUAUUACAGACAGUAAUAUUUGUUAAUUUCAUAGCGUGGGCUUUUAUUUAUCGUACAAAGUAUUUAAAUAAAAACGAUACAGUUUUUUUAACUCCCUUCUCAAAAACUUUUGGGCGAUGGUAGAAUUUCAGGUUCGCUUAUCAAAAUAUUAAAGCUAACAAAUCCAAACAACCUCGCUACUACGCCAAGUGUAAGAGC